AUGACAUCAGAUCUUACAUUUACUGUCGGCGAGGAUCUAUAAGCUGUCAUUCUUCAAAAUAGAUUUCGGUGAUCUAAAGAGUUAACAAUAUUACUGAGUCAUGACGCGUCAAUGUGUUCAAUCUAUGUUAUUUUAACAAGUUCCAUUCUUUUGUCGAAUGCUACAGAAAAUAGUAACUGUUUGAGGAAAUGAAUUGCUGCUCGUCAAUAAAUGUGCCAAUGUAUGGUGUAGUCGAUGAGGAAACAUCAAUGGCAGCUACAGAUGCUGAUGAUGGUGGCCUCAACCUGACCCUGGAUCAGCUGCCUCCGGAGCUGCUCAUCAGGAUAUGUGAUUUCCUCGAUGCUCGGGUCAUUCACAAGUUGCAGCGCGUGUGCAGAGUCUUUGAAGAACUGUUGUCAGGAGACACCUAUUUCAAAACAAGAGUCAGUCGACGAUGGCCAAAGAAGUACCCUGCCGUUCCAGUUGACAACUUGGACUGGCAAGAGGCCUGUGCAGAAAGGGAGGAAACUCAUGCCGCAUGGACGAAUCAGGAAGCUCACCUGGAACAUUUCACCUAUAAUGACUAUAUGUUUGCUGCUGUUGAUACUGUCCACCUGAUGAAGGAUGGACAGAUUCUGGCUGCUGGAUCACGAGAUCGCUACUUGACCAUCCUUGACCUUGCCAAGUAUGACUCCACAAAGGAAGACUCCAAGAAGGACAUGGAAAUUUUCAGUGACAACAAGGUCCACAAGGGAUGGAUCUGGUCCAUGGAUUCGCAGGACAACAUCCUGGCCACAGGAUCCUGGGAUACCUUCAUCCGACUGUGGGACCUGCAGGCCGGGGUAGCGCCAGCCGAUGUGUUCAAAUGCAAAACAGCAGUUCUUGAUCUGCACCUAGAACACGAUCUUAUCAUUGCGGCGGGCUACGACAAGAAUCUGCACCUGAUUGACCGUCGUAGUGGCACCAUCACCAAGAAAACAUAUCACAGAAAACCGGUGUUGUGUGUUGCUGUGGACGACCAGUUCAUCAUCACAGGAAGUGAAGACAAAACAAUCUGCAUUUAUGACCGGAGAGCAGAUAAGAAUUACAAGAGACUAGAGCUGGACACCUACCCUCUUGACAUGAGCUAUGGCAACAACCAACUGUGGUACGGAGACAAGCAAGGAUUUCUACAUCUCAUGGAUACUGCAAAUGGUGCUUUUGAUCUUGUUGAGAAAUAUGAUGUGGGACACAAGGGGAAGCUGACCGGGGUCGUCCACACCCUCGGCGCGGUUUACACAAGCUCCACGGACCACACAAUCAAAGUGCUGGAACCCAGUCGCAACCCCGGAGUCAUAGCGACCCUCACCAGUCAUCUUGAUGGAGUAACAGGGAUUUCCUACCAGAAUGGUGUUCUUGCUAGUGCUGGUUGUGACAUUUCAGUUGGUAUAUGGAGACCCAGACAACACUAAGCGGCAGGACCACCCACCCAGGACCGUCUUCCUCGGGUGUUGUGAAACCAUGCAAAACUUCAAUAUCUUAUAUAAACAAAAAUCUUAAUUGCUUAAUUUUAAGGGUAGGGGAGUUAACAGGUCUGGAAGUUUUCCGUCCAACUAGAUCAUCUUUUUAGUAAAAGUCUGCUGUAAUCUUAAUAUUUUUACUCUGAAAAAUGAAUAGCAUCACUGUGUGAUAGGUGAAGUUUAAGGUGUCUGUGUAGGGUUAUGUUUCAAAACGUUGUUCACCUGACAAAACUUUUGAACUCCUCACAUGAUGGAAACAACUUAUGUUGUUCUGACCAAACACAUUUGCAUGUGUUUGCCUUCAUGUUGAAUCAUUGUUUAAGAUUAUUUAUCUCCACUAAGUCGCCAAUUCAAGUUCUACCUUUACACAAAAUCCAUCUUUGAACACACGCAAUACUUUUAAAGUUUAUUUACAAUGCUACAACACUAAUCCCUGUGUUACGUGAAAUUUGUCCUGCUUUCUUAGGCGUGAUGUCAUCAAUGUGUGGUUACUUCAAGGUUAUGUGCACACGUUCCUAUUAUAUUUUACAGCAACGUGUCAAUAAUUUAUGUGACACGGGCAGCAGACCAGCCUAUGUUUCAACUUUGAUAAAGUUAUGGGACGGGGGUGCAACCUGGUUUGGUUGGUGCAACUAGGUUUUGUUUGGUGCAACCUGGUUUGUCUGGUGCAACUAGGUUUUCAUGUCAAAAUCCACAUGGUAGAAGUUAGAUCAAGUUCCUUAAAUCGAGCCCUGUGAUGUUACACGAUGUUCAGAUACUGACAACUCGUUCCAUGUGAAGAGUAAAGUAGGUAGCUCUCAUCGCAACACAUGACCCAAAAGACCCGUGUUGGUCUCUCUGUGUAGAGUUCUGUCAUCCAAGUUGUCUUGGAUGAAGAGAUGGGACAGAUACUGAUGUUUAUGUAACAUCUAUAUUUAUUAUAUACCAGCUUUGAUCUUAUUUCAGGGGUAUUGUAUGUGAUCUGUAUCCAGUGUAUAUUGCUGUGGCCAUAAUAUAAUGUGUACCUUUUUUAUAAGCAUUUAAAAUCAAAUGUUCUCGUCGGGGCAUCCCAAGGGUACCUGUGAUAGUCUUUAAUGAAAUAUUUUUACACUGUUUUUUAAGUUGGAAAGCUGACAAAUCCCAUCACACGAUUGGUCAGAUGUUCACCAACUUUUGUGUCAACUUGAUGUGUGUAUCUUUGUUGCAAAUACAAGGUGUCUGGGGCGCUGCAAUUCCCACUUCAAAUUGUGGCCGGCCCUCAGUGCCGAAAUACUAUAAUCGUGGGUUAAAGUGCCAGAUGUUGGCUGAAUCUAAUCCAACGCUUGUUAUCACUAUGUACCUGUGAUCUAAACUCACUCACUCACUCACUCACUGUUACAAAUACAAGAACAGGACAUGAGAAGUGGUGUUGUGUGUAAACAUGGUAACUGCUGUAUUAACCAAUGAUCUGACUAGAGAAUUAUUUAGGAAGAAUAGAUUUAAUAUUUCUUGAUGAUAAUUUCAAAUCUCCAGCAUACAUGUUCAGUUUUAAAUUAUAUAUUAUUUCUGACGUCCAACAAUAUACCUAAAGAACACAAAAGGACUAUCUCCUAAUCGCAGUGUAGAUAUGUAGAGCAAUACUCAGUCAAAUAGAAUUAUAAGCCUGAACAGUGCUAAUUAAAAAACCAGAUUCUUUAAAUGAUGGUAGUGAUCUGUAGAUGUUUUUGUUUAAUUAAUCCUAAUGGAUCAUGUGGUCAGGGUCAGUGACUAGGUAGAUUGCAUGUCAUUUUACACAAUGGUGUAGAUCGUUGCUCAUAAUUUGAAUCACUUGAAUUAAUCUAUAUUUGAUUAUUUCAGACUGUCGUCAUAUAGCUUGAAUAUUAAUGAGGGCUGUGUUGAAAAACAAACAAAUAUACAAACAAUAUUAUUUAUCCUUGUAGCGCAAAAUCCAGGAGAAGACAAACAUUCCAAACGGUGUAGCUAGCAACUUAUCAAAAAUACAAACGAACUCAACCCCUGACCACUAGUUUUCUUGAGAAAGUAAGUCUGUAAACUGAGUAAUUAUAAAAAAAAAAGUCCUCAAUGUUUUGUUCUGUUCUUGUGGGGCCUCAUUGAACAAAACCAUCAUAGUACUAAGAUCAGGUCAUCGGUUACAACUGUAGAUUCUGAGUACAUUUUCCAUAGCUUUGAAAUAAUUGGCUGUCAAAUUGACAGAUAUUGAACCACAAAAACCAUCUGUAACCUAGCUCCAGUUAGGUCCUGUAUUUGUCCAGGUGCAAUGGUUUUGUUAAAGCUUACUCCAUAUAGUGAAAGUGUGAUGCUUCAAAUAAUUGCCCUUCUCAUUACAAGAAAUGUGGCAAAGUAUUCAGAAGUUCCUGAUGUUUUGUUUUCUGUUGAUUGUUGACAUGUUACAUCACUGUAUAUGCUGCCAUUUUCUUUGAGAAUAAAAAAACUAGUUUUCA